AUGGAAAUGGGAAUUACAUGGUGUGAUGAUGAGAGUAAUCCAGUUAUGAAAUUAUAUAAUGGACCACUUGAUGAUUCGCCGCUUAUAGGAAAAUAUUGUGCAACGAAAUUGCCUCCCUCUAUUACUACUGACGGAUCUGCACUACACAUAAAAAUAUUUCGGGCAAUGGAUUUGUUUGCUACCUAUUCUGUUUUAGACAACCAUUGUGGGGGAGAUUUACAAAACGACGGUGGUUACAUUGCCACUCCUGGCUGGCCUAAAAGCUAUCCCGCUAACGCUCAAUGUUCUUGGACUAUUGCUAUGGGACCUGGUAACACCAUAAAUUUGAAUUUCGUGGAGUUUAAUAUACCAGAGUCCGAACAUUGCAAUACUGAUUUUGUAGAGAUCCGUGAAAGUAAUGCUACAGGAAAACUUCUCGGCGUAUUUUGUGGAACGAAUUCUGCACCGAAUAUUUCGGCCAUUGGUACUUUAUACUUAAUGUUUAAAAGUAGUGAUCUUGGAGUGGGCGAAGUAUCUACAAAUAGAGGAUUUUAUGUUGAAUUUGCGACAACUUCUGAAAAUCAUUUAUCGGGCCCAGAAGGUUACAUAGGCAACAGACAUUAUCCAAACCCUAUUCCAGCAUCCACCUAUGGAUACCAUUCUUGGCUGAUAACAACCAAUUCAAGUACUAUUAUAGAGCUUACGUUUCUUGAAUUUUUCUUUGAAAUUAAUUCUGGUGGAGGUUGUUUUGGCAAUUCCUUAAAAGUAUACGAUGGAAUGGAUGCUAACGCACCUCUAGUAAAAGAAUUUUGCGGUUCCGAUUCACCAGAUUCAAUUUUAUCAACUUCCAAUAUGAUGUAUGUUUCUCUUGAUUUUUAUGCGGCUAGGGUGAAUGCCAAGUUUCUAUUAAAAUGGAAAGAGUUAUCGAAAGUUAAUGGAAAAACUGCUACAUCAAAUAAAACACAAUCAGUUUGUGGUUAUGCAUAUAAACUGGAAGGACAAACUAAUGUAUCCUUGACAUCUCCAGGAUAUCCAACUGGAUACAAACCGAAUUUAAAUUGUGAAUGGAUAUACGAAAUAGACCCUCAAUAUCAUUUGAGAUUAAGAAUAAUUGAUUUGAACUUUGGAGGGUUUGGUGGAAAUCGUAUUUGUACUUACUCGGACGUCCUAAUAGUUCAUACAAAAGCAAAUCAAGAUGAAGAAUGGCGUUUAGUUCAAGAAAUUUGUACCCCUUCAAAUAUAAGCAAUGACCUAAUUGGUGCUAAUUUUUUGAAAGUAGAAUUUAGGACUAACAAGUAUUUAAACGGGACUGGAUUCCAGGCUAUUAUUUUCGGAGAUUGUGGUGGCACACUGACAGAACCAAACGGAGUGAUAACGUUUGAUUCAGACCAUGCUCACGGAUGGACGUGCCAAUGGAACAUUAGUGUUCGAACUGGUCGGACGAUCAAAUUACAUUUCGAAGAAUUUGAUUUGAGCGCGAGUAACGCAAACAGCUGCAGAAGUUUUGUGAUAGUCAGAAAUGGAAAAUUCCCCGAUAGUCCUUUCCUUGGAAUUGGCAAAUUUUGUGGACCUGAAGCACCACCAGAUAUGGAAUCUUCUAGUAAUCAUCUUUAUAUCAAAUAUAGUGGAACUGUACGCCUUAAGGGCUUUAAAUUAAAAUACUCUGAAGUAUCAUUUGAUUGUGACUCUAAUAUUCGAUUAUCCUCUGAAGAAACUUCAGUAGAAAUAACAUCACCUAACUAUCCGAAUAUACCACAAGCCCAUUCUGAAUGUACAUGGAUUAUAAGAGCUCCAAGUGGAGAAUCUUUAAGGGUCGAUUUUCUGGAACGAUUUGACAUUUCUACAAACAGCAAAUGUACAACAGAUUAUCUUGAAUUAAGAGAUGGAGGUACCACUCUUUCACCACUCAUAGGACGUUACUGUCAUGAAAUGCCAAACACAUUAUUCACAACGGAUAAUAUGCUCAAUAUUAAAUAUUUUACUGAUUCAAAUGAACCACGGAAUGGAUUUAAAGCAAAAGUUUCAAUUUCGUAUUGCGGUGGUACAUUUAGAGGUGAGGGAACCAUCAAUACUCAGGAACCGCAUGUUAUUAAAACUGGGGAUAAUUGCACGUGGCACAUACUGGCACCAAUUGAUAACAAUAUUAUAAUGAAAUUUUCAAUGUUCAAUGUCGCCCAGUAUAGUGUAAAUUGUAGUGAGAAUACAGGACAAGUUAAACUUAUAGAGCUAAAUCCUGUAUCUAAUGACAACAAUACCGAAAUGACUUUGUGUGGACAUAUAAAUGCAACGGAAUAUCACUCGACUGGCAAUAAAAUAGUAGUAAAUUAUUUAGCGAAAUCUGAUCGAGAUAAAUUUAUCCUUAAUUUCAAAUUUAGGGAAGAAGAAUGUGGAGGUGUCAUAGAACAAGAAAGUGGUACUAUCACUUCUCCUGGCUAUCCAAUGAAGACUGAAGAAAGUCGCUACUGUAUCUGGAGAAUCAGAGUACCUAAAGGACGAAGAAUUUCGAUGUACACUGAAGAUAUGGACAUUGAAGUAAAAUCUACAUACCUGGUAGUUUUUGAAGGAUUUUUCCAGGGACCUAAAAUAUUAGGGGAGGAAGACAUACAACCUCAAAAGACUUACGAAACUAGUGAUAAUACUGCCAACAUAUUUUUAUGGCGAAACUUUCCUAACGGUCGGCGUGGAUUCAAGAUCAAAUUUACAUCAAACAAGCCAACUGUUUGCGAAGGAGACUUCAAUUCGACAUCUGGACAAAUAUUAGCUCCACAACAUUCAGCACCAUACCAAUGUGAAUGGCUUCAUACGAAAAGAUCCACUUCAGAAACAUUGGCUUUAAGCAUUGUUAUGGAGACUAAUGCAACAACUGCAGGUUCAGGGAUUUGCUACCGUAGUAGUACAGGAAUACAUAUCAUUGAUUCAAACAGCCACAAAAAAUAUACAUUGGAUUCAUAUACCAAUGAGAGCUAUGCUUUGGGGAGACUCUGUACAAGUACAAAUAACAGACCUCAUAUUUUUAGAUCCAUACUGCCUACAACAUUAUUAUUGGUCCGCAAAAAUUACAACGCACACCUGAAUUUCACAAUAUCGUAUAAAACCUAUCAAUGCGGUGGAUUAUUAACUGACGAUGAAGGUGUAAUUUCUAGUCCAAAUUUUCCUAAUGCUGCUACAGAUUCAGUUGAGUGUUCUUGGCACAUUGAGCUAGCUUCAUCAAGAAUCAAAGUGAAUUUUACAAGUUUAAAUUUGGCAGAUGAUUGUGAUAAAAAUUAUGUAAUUAUUUACAAUGGACGAACACCUAUGUCACCAAUAAUAGGAAAAUAUUGUAAAAAUGAUCAUCCUGAGUUGCUAGUUAGUCAAAAGUUGGCACUUUUAAUAGAAUACAGAUAUGUGAAGGAUGAUAAUAAUAGAAAUCCUCCGAAAGGAUUUAGUUUUAAAUAUGAACCUGAAAUUGAAGGUUGUGGAGGAGUUUAUCAAAGUGAAAAAGUGGACAUACAGACACCUAACUAUGGAAAAGAUUAUGGUAAUAAUAAGGAAUGCAUUUGGGAUGUUAGAUCACCUGUAGGAAAUGUGAUAAAGCUACACUUUUUUGACAGAUUUUAUAUUGAAGAAAGUGAAAAUUGCACUAAAGAUUAUGUUGAGAUAUUUGAUUCGAAUGACGACAAAUGGGUUUCCUUGGGUAAAAAAUGCGGAAGAAAUUUACCAGGAGAAAUUCUUUCUAGCAAUAAUCAGUUGAGAAUCAUAUUUAGAAGCAAUGAAAAAAUCACUGGCAGUGGUUUUCGAGCAUCUUGGAACUGGCACUGUGGAGGAACCUUUGUAGCUGGCGAAAAAGAAAGAUACCUUAUGAGCCCUAACUAUCCAAAUACAUUCUCAACAUAUUUUAUGAAUUGUACUUACAAAAUUAUAUCUAGGAAAGACCAAGGUGUUGUCAGCGUUAAAUUAUUGGAUUUCGAUUUGCUGGGCACUGGAUCAACUGUCGGAGGAAUGUCGUCAAAUUGUGCUUACUCUAAUUUGACAAUAGCGGGAGCAUCAUCAGCAUCACAAUCACAUAUAAACACAAUAAAACAAGUAUAUUGCGGCAAUGAUAUUCCUUCAGUCCAAAGAUUUAAAAAUGCUGUUAUAAUUACUUAUAUGAGUACAUAUAGGUAUUUAAGAGGGAUGCGUGGUUUUAAAUUAGUCUAUAAAGAUGAAAGUUGUGGGGGAAAUAUCACUUCUCCAGCCUCAUUAGAGUCACCUAGUACCAGGGAUAAGGCUUCACAAUUAUCAGGUUAUAUGAAAUUUUAUCAGGCUAGAGUUUCGUGUAAUUGGUAUAUUACUGCGCCUCCGGAUCAAAUACCAGUUUUGAGCGUACAUAAUCUAAGCAUGACACUGGGAAUUCACUGCAUUGGCCAACACUUGGAAGUUUAUGAUGGAUUAGAAGCUAAGAUGAACAAACGAUUGGCACAACUUUGCGGGAAAAUUGACGAAAGUAAACCAAUUCCAGCAACUUCAAAUACUAUGCUUGUUAAAUUAGACUCUACCGCUUAUAACUUUAAUGGAUUUCAAGGAGAGGUCUAUUUCACUUACGGUCCUUCGGUUGGAUGUGGAGGAACAAUAAAUUUAACUGAAACAAAGUAUAUAAAUUCACCAAACAAUCUACCCCAUAUGGAUUGUCACUGGAUAAUUAUAGCCCCUCAAGAUAAUAAAGUCAAAAUUGAAUUUACUGAUAUCUCAAUUUCAACUUCUUGUUCAAAUCCUGUUAGAAAUCAUACAUACUAUUGCACCUGCUCAUAUAUAGAGAUAAGGGAUGGAGCUGGACCGUUCGCUGAUGUGAUGGCAAAACUUUGCAGUGGCGAUAACCAUAUGAGAAGAACAUUUACAAGUUCAUGGAAUACUGCAUACAUAAGAUUAUAUUCUGCUGUUCCUCAAAAUGACAUGUUUAGGGUCACAAUAAAACCAGUUCAGUCUAAAUGUGGUCCAUCAGAACUGAUCGCUGAAAAAGAAUGGAAAGAGUUAACUUCGCCAGAUUACCCAAACAAUUAUCCAGAAAAUAUUAAAUGCACUUGGGUGAUUAGAAGCUUUAGUAAUACAGCCAAAUUUAUGAUACAUUUUGAAGAGAUUGAUAUUUCUGGAGAUUCAUUGGCAAAGACAUGCGAUUCUGAUAGAUUGGAACUGACAGAAGAUCCGAAUCGAUUGAUUAUCAGUGAAGGAUUCGGUCCAAGAGCUAAACAUCAAGUUCAAAAUGCUUUUGGAGGUUCCCGGGAAACAUUCAAAUACGCUUUUUGUGACAACGAAACUAAACCUUUCGACUAUUAUUCAACUUCAAAUGAAGUAACAUUAACAUUUCAUAGUCAUAGGUAUACUGGUGUGAAAGGAAAAGGUUUUAAACUAAAAUAUGGCUAUUCAGGUUGUAACCGAACAAUUUACGCAAAUGAAGGAAGAAUUCAAAAUGAUGUAGUGAAUAGUGCAGAAUCAAAUUGUGUAAUUACAAUCACAGCAGACCCGAACAGGACUUUAUCAAUAUAUUUUAUGACAUUCUUUUUUAUAACUGCGGACCAUUCUUGUUCCAAACUUGGCUUGGAGAUAAGAGAAAAUAAUUCCACUGGACUUCAACUAUUUAAAGCCUGCGGUUUUCGCUUACCUAGUCCUAUUUUUACAAACACAAAUAAACUCUAUAUUCACAUGUAUAAUUUACAAAAAUCUGCUUCUUACUUCAAAUAUAAUUUCUUAUAUUUGUCUUCGGAAAAUGGUAAGGGUUGUGGUGGAAAAAUGUUCAACUACAUGGGAAAAUUUUCUAGUCCUUUGUACCCAAACCCUUAUAGGAAAGAUAUUGAAUGUACAUGGAAUGUGAUGGUUCCCAAAGGUUAUAAUGUUGCUCUCAAAUUCACAGAUUUUAAUAUUGGCGGCGUGUGUCUUCAAAACAAAGUAGUUGUUAAAACAAAUACUGGAGGUGCAGAAACGGAAAGUUCCUUUUGUGCAGAGGUAAAAAAAUAUUUUGUGUAA